AUGGACGGACCGUACGCCCGGGAGCUGGCCGCCGCCAUCGCCGCCGUCCAGCACGCCGCCAAGCUCAGCCGGCGCGUCCUCGCCGCCUCGGACAAGGGCGUCGUGACAAAGGAGGACCUCAGCCCGGUCACGGUCGCCGACUUCGCCAUCCAGGCCCUGCUGACCAGCACGCUGCACGCCGCCUUCCCCGGCGACAAGUUCGUGGGCGAGGAGUCCGCGGCGGACCUGCGGGAGAACCCGAAGCUCUGCGCCUCCGUGUGGGCGCUCCUGCAGCAGGUCGCGGGCGAGAGGGACGAGGACUCGCUGUGCAAGCUGCCCGCGUCGCCCGAGGACAUGUGCGACAUGAUCGACUGGUGCGGCCUCGGCGACCCCUCGCCCACCGGCCGGUUCUGGGUCUUCGACCCCAUCGACGGGACCAAGACCUUCGUGCGGGGCGAGCUGUACGCCAUCAACGUCUGCCUGAUGGAGGACGGGAGGCAGAGCAUCGGCGUCGUCGGCCUGCCGCUGCUGUCGGCCGACGCCACCGCGCCCAUCAACAACGACUCCAUCGACCCGACCGGCACCGGCAGCAUCAUGUUCGCCGUCCGGUCCCACGGCACCUUCAUCCGGCCCAUGUCCGGCCCCAUCGACCUGCCGCCGACCAAGAUCCCCCGGCACGCCGACGCCGACGCCGACGCGCGUCCCCCCCUGGUCUCCGUCACCUGCAUCGAGGGCUCCGAGUCCGGCGCCCCGGGCAUCCACCAAAAGGUCGCCGAACGCCUCGGCAUCGCCUACCCGGGCAACGACCUGCUCGGCUGGGUCCUGCGCUGGACCGUGCUCGGCCUCGGCCAGGCCAACUGCACCUUCUGGGCGUACCGGCGGCGGGACCGCCUCGCCAAGAUCUGGGACCACGCCGGCGCCAUGCUGCUGUUCGAGGAGGUCGGCGGCAAGGUCACCGACGUCGACGGGAACCCGGUGAACCUGACGGCGGGGCGCAAGAUGGUGGCCAACUACGGCUUCGUCGCCGCGCCGCCCUCCGUCCAUGCCCGGGUGUUGGAGGCCGUCAGGGAGACGUUGAAGGAGGAGGGCCUGCAUGAGUUGCUGGGUUAG